UCUGGAUCGGUCUGGAACGCGCCCGCUUCCAACAGCGUUCCAGUUUUUCGAAAAUCGGAAACUUUGAGCGGAAUUGUUACACGUUUGAGUAGUGGUUCUUUGAAGUUUUGUGCCCGAUUGCCGCGAUGUGAAACGCCAUGCAUCCAGACCUUUGCAACCAACCAACCAAUUUUCCGUCAUCCGCAUUAGCCGACUCGUCGGUUUGCAGAAGCAGGAACCAGUUCCAGUUGUUAUCAGUCUGAUGUGGGCAAAAAUGAUUCCUUGAGGAAUCGCAUACCAUGGUGACCAAGCCUACCAUUCUGGUGCCUCCAUCGUUGUCCAACAGUAGUUGCCAUCAUCCGCGUUACCAGAACGUCUCGAUUUGGUCGACAAUUUCCACAGGAGAUGUUGUGCAAACCGCUGUGGUUUUGGCCCUCACCUUUGCCAUUCUUUUCGCGAAUAUUCUGCUGAUCUCGGUGAUCAACAGCAGACGGUAUGCCAAGUAUAUUCAUUCGCAGCCUCGCUACCUGCUCACUUCGCUCGCCUGCAACGACUUGGCAAUGGGACUGUGUGUGACUCCGUUUGCCAUUCUGUCUUCCAUCAGGAACUGCUGGCCCUAUGCAGAAAUCGUCUGCCAAGUCCAGGCAUUGCUUCGAGGUGCCAUCAGUCAGCAAAGUGCAGUGAUUCUGAUAUGCAUGGCAAUGGAUCGCUACUAUUGCAUGCUGCAUCCUGUUGAAUACCACAAACACUCCAGCCGAAAGGCCUGGUUCAUCAUCAUCAUCAGCAUCACUUGGGUGGGCUCGAUGGCCCUGUUCAGCAUCCUGGUGAUCAAGCAGGGCGGAUUCUACUUCAAUUCCACAGGAAUGCACGCUUGCGAGCCCUUUUAUCCAAAGGCUUCGUUACGCAUCCUGUCGGCUUGUGGAUUCUACUUUCCCACCACCAUGAUUCUCAUGUACUGUUACGGAUCAGCCUUCGAUGUAAAUAAGUUGGGAUUCAAGCGAAGCAAUUUGCCCUGCAGCAUCAGUUCCAAUGAAGUCCAACAGUCCAGCAGCAUGGAGAAGUUAAUCGACCACGAGCGGAAGCUGAGCUUGAUCUGCUCCCGAACAAUGGCCGCAAUGUCUUUGGGGUUCAUCGUGCUAGUUACACCCUGGACCAUCCAGGAAGUUGUGGCGGCCUGCACUGGAUCUAGAGCCCCGCCGGCCUUAGACUUUAUCGCCACCUGGAUGGCUUUAAGCAACAGCUUUUGGUAUCCAUUCAUCUACUGGACGCUCAAUAACCACUUCAGGCGAAUAUGCCGGGAGAUCUUCAAUGGGGUGUUUUGCCGCAAAAUCCACGACAAGAAGCAGCAGCAGUUUGACCAUUUCUGCAACACAUCGCCCUCUUCAAAGUACAUCGGGCAUACGCCUGACUGUGACCUGGAAGGCCUUUCCGAGAAAUACUGGGGAGAAAUCCUGGAACGCACAGUUUCAUCCAGCUCGAUUCCAGAGCCCCAACAGUCGAAUUCGCUGGAAACUCGACUGGACUGCAACGGCAUUGAACUGAGUGUUCUAAAUAAUUCUCCAGCGGAUUUAUGAAAGCUGGACAAGACCACGCAAACCUUUGAUUUGGGCGGCGAAAGCAUGGGCAGUUCGGCCGAAACCGCCAUCGUCUCCAAAUAGCAUUGCGUGGUCCAUAAAUGGUGAUUUUGCAGUUCUUUGCGUUUUUCCUACCGCCUCCAGAUGAACGCAGGUUCUUCGAUGUGGACAAUGAAGAGCUUGAUGAACGUGCAAACUGCUGGCUGCCACUUUUUCCUAUAUGAGUUAGUAGAAAGAUAGUUUAAAACGUUAAAGUCCUGAAAAGGAUAUUUAAAAAAAUGUAAUCAAGGCAGUCAAUUAAUCGAAAAAUCUUGUGGUCUGCACAAGUAUUUUUCAGUUUUACCGGGUGUCCCCCCAUUGCAAUUCCCUGAUAGAUAAUCAUGCAUGCCAAAGUAAUUUUUUGUCAAGAAACUGGAAUUGGAGCGAAAAUUUUGCAAGAGACGAAAAACCAUCUAAACGAACCUAGCUAGCGGCUGAAAAAAAACCAGCCCAUUUGUACAAGGGGUUGCAGAAAAACUUUCUACAAGCAGCCUCUUUUUCAACCGUGUCCGGAUGAGCAAGUUUAGGGACAUCCUGUAUAUAAAAACCUGCUGGCAAGCUGAACUCAGAUAAAAAUGAAAUGGACUGUGUGCAGUUGCAUAACGUUUUGCCUUUACUUAUUUGGUGAUUAUUCUGUAAGUGAACUUCAAUGCGCCUCUGCUGGACAUUAUGGCGAAUGCGCGUUACUUACGGCAAAUAAGCUGGUACAGUAUUAAUAACUGUAAAUAGCGACUUUGUACUAGGGCAAUUUCCAUUGUUCCUUGGUCCUGUUCGGUAUCAAAUAAGCGUUUCGUAUCUAUUAAUAAUUGUAAAUACGAAUUAUUGUAAUACUUUCUUAUAGAAAAUUUGCUGUGUUAUUUGACUUUUAAUAAACGGUUUUUACGUUA